AGACACAACUCUAGUUUGGCUGCAGUUUCACUUUCACGUAGCAAGAACUAGCCUUCUCUGCUUUUACUGUCAUCUCCAAAACCCUAACAAGAAUAAUCCCGUUUUCAUUGCCUGAGACUUCAUUAUUGUCACUUCCUUUCGCCGAUUGUUCAACAUACCCACUCUCAAUUUCCAAUCAUUGCAUAUAUUGGAGCUUCUUAUUUCAAGGACGGGUUCUCAUUUACCAAGAAUCGUGUUUUAUCGGUUUUGAAUAGAGAUACAAUAUUUUAAUUUGGCUUUGAAGCAUAUUCUCAAUUCAGUUAGAUCAAUCUCCCCCAGCAUCACUCACUAAAGUGGGCAAAUUAUCCAACACAUUCUUGUUAACUGGAAUUUUGAUGAAUGUAGUCCCUCCUAUGAGUUUCUUACCGUCUUGAUUACUUGGGAUGGAAAGUGAAGCAGUGGAUGAUCAGAACUCAGGAUGGCUAGAAGUGAAAAAGAAACACCGGAAUACUUCAAAAUCCUCUUUGCAGAGCUCUGUUGGAGGACUUUCAGGGAAAAGAGCUUCUAAUUCUUUGCGCAGUCAGCGUUCCAUAGAUAAAAAUGACAGAGAUUCACAUGCCAUUUUGCGAUCCCAUCUUCCAAGGAUGGAGGAGAAUUUUGUACAUAACUCUGGCAGUGUUGCUAGUUCUAUGUCCGAGUCAAAGGAGGAAGAGGGCACAUGUCACCUUAAUACAAAUGUGAUUAAACAUGACAAUCAGAUUCAGAAGUCACAUAUUGAUGAUGAUUCUAGAGGUGGACACGAAGUUCUUGAGAAAAUACCCCUAAACAAUAAGCCUGAGGUAGUCCACAAAAUUAAGUGGGGUGAUCUUGAGGAUGAGAGCUUUCCACUGCCUCAUGAAAACUUGAGUGGAGCUGGAAUUAAGUUUGGUACUAUUGGAGACGAUAACAUGCUUAACUGUAGAAAGACUGACAGUGUUUUAGACACAGCCCUUUCUGAUUCACCUCAUGCCAAAGAUAAUGUUCCUGUGGCCAAGAUUGUUGAUUCAGACAUGGCUUCUAAUCGGAUUCCUUCAUCAGAAAGCAAGCAUGAGAUUUCUGUAGAGAAUGGUGUACAAGUUAAGGAUACAUCUUUGGAAGAAAUUCCACCAUUGAAUGGGGAAGAAAUCAACCAAGCAGAUGAUAUGUUGAACUCCAAGAGUGAAGGUGAUGCUAGCACCAAAACAGUAACUGAUAAUCACACAGGCAACGAUGUUGGAAUUUUUGAAGUGCCCCGAACAAACUGCAAUUCAGUUAGUGCAGUUACUGACCAGAGUAAACCACAUGUGCCUGAAUGUGGACCUGAUAUUGUAGGAGAUUCUGCAACUUCUGUGGAAGAUGUUAGGGGCACACAGAAUAUUAAUGUGGAUGGCAUUUUGUCAAGCUCUCAUAAUAUGAGUGCGCUUGAAGAAGGUGACUCAAAUGAAAGCAAAGAACGGUUUAGGCAAAGGCUUUGGUGCUUUUUAUUCGAAAAUCUUAAUAGGUCUGUUGAUGAGCUGUAUCUUCUUUGUGAGCUGGAAUGUGAUUUGGAGCAAAUGAAAGAGGCAAUUCUUGUUCUUGAGGAGGCUGCAUCUGAUUUCAAAGAACUAAUCAAUAGAGUUGAGGAAUUCGAGAAGGUUAAAAAGUCUUCUCAAAUAAUUGAUGGAGUUCCUGUCAUCUUGAAGAGUGACCAUCGCAGGACACAUGCUCUCUCAUGGGAGGUUCGAAGGAUGACAUCAUCACCUCAUAAGGCUGAUAUACUGUCUUCAUCUCUUGAGGCUUUUAGAAAGAUUCAACAAGAGCGUGCUAAUUUGCAAGGAGUAAAUAGUGCAGAGAAUGCCAUGUCUAAAUGUCCAACUCCUGAAUUUGUUGGCAAUCACACUGAUGCAGUGACAAGGCCAAGAAAGCAGGUCGGAUCAUUAGAUGCUAAUCAAGUUUAUCUCAAUGGAGGAAAGCAUAAUAUUGAAUCGGGAAAGUCUUGCAAAGCAAUCUUAGAACAAAAUGGACAAAGUAGCCAACCAAAGAGCUCAUUAUCCUCAGAAGUUAAUUUAUCUAAUUCACUUCCUAGGGAAAAUUUGGCUGCUCUUGCAACCACGAAGGGUAAAAGAGAACAUGUUGAAUUUGAAGCUGAGAAGCUAAAGAAAGAUAAAGUGCCAAUGGAAGGUAUUACUGAUAAAAGUUCUAGAUCAGUAGAUGAUGUCCGGAGGCAAAUACCUAUACCUGAGAAAGAUAAGGAAAAGAGACAUGUAGCUAUGGGAAGGUCCAUGAAUGCUUGGAAGGAAAAACGGAAUUGGGAGGAUAUUCUCUCAUCUCCAUUCCGUGUCUCUUCUCGUGUGUCUUACUCACCAGGUUUAAACAGGAAAAGUGCUGAGCGGGUACGUAUCUUGCAUGAUAAAUUAAUGUCUCCUGACAAAAAGAAGAAGACCACUUCAGACUUGAGAAAGGAGGCAGAAGAAAAGCAUGCUCGUGCCAUGAGAAUCAGAAAUGACUUAGAGAAUGAGAGAGUACAAAAGCUUCAACGUACAUCAGAAAAAUUAAGUCGUGUCAAUGAAUGGCAGGCUGUUCGCAAUAUGAAGUUACGAGAGGGCUUGUAUGCACGUCAUCAACGUAGUGAAUCUCGUCAUGAAGCUUAUCUAGCUCAAGUUGUGAAGAGAGCUGGUGAUGAAAGUAGCAAGGUAAAUGAGGUUCGGUUCAUUACUUCCUUAAAUGAAGAGAAUAAGAAGCUAAUAUUGCGUCAAAAGCUUCAUGGGUCUGAGUUGAGAAGAGCUGAAAAGCUGCAAGUAAUAAAAUCUAAGCAAAAGGAGGAUUUGGCAAGGGAAGAAGCUGUUCUAGAACGCCGAAAACUCAUUGAGGCUGAAAAGUUACAGCGUCUUGCAGAAAUACAGCGUAGAAAGGAGGAGGCUCAAGUUAGAAGGGAAGAGGAAAGAAAAGCAUCAAGUGCAGCACGUGAAGCAAGAGCUAUUGAGCAGCUUCGAAGAAAGGAAGAAAGAGCCAAAGCCCAACAAGAGGAAGCUGAACUUUUAGCCCAAAAGCUGGCAGAGAGACUCAGCGAAAGUGAACAACGUCGUAAGGUUUACUUGGAGCAAAUUCGAGAGAGAGCUUCCAUGGAUUUUAGGGAUCAAUCGUCCCCUUUGCUACGUCGGUCAGGGCAAAGCAGAUCUGCACCAACAAAUAGUGGAGAUGAUCCUCAAACAAACAUUGCUUCUAGCAUAGGAGGUUCUUCUCUUGGAAUUGGCAACAUCACAUUGCAACACUCAAUGAAGCGAAGAAUUAAGAAAAUUAGACAAAGACUUAUGUCUUUGAAACAUGAAUUUCUUGAGCCUUCUCUUGGAGUUGAAAGUGCUGGCAUUGGAUAUAGAGUUGCGGUGGGUGCUGCUAAGGCAAAAGUUGGUAGGUGGCUUCAAGAACUUCAAAGACUUCGGCAAGCAAGAAAAGAAGGGGCCACGAGUAUAGGGCUAAUAGUCGCUGAAAUGAUUAAGUAUUUGGAGGGAAAGGAUCCAGAGCUACAGGCAUCUCGUCAAGUUGGACUUUUAGAUUUUAUUGCUUCUGCCUUGCCUGCUUCUCACACUUCAAAGCCUGAAGCAUGUCAAGUUACGUUGCAUCUUUCAAAACUUCUGAGAGUCGUACUAUCUGUACAUGCAAAUAGGAGUUAUUUCCUUGCACAAAAUUUCUUACCACCAAUCAUCCCAAUGUUAUCAGCGGCUCUUGAGAACUAUAUAAAGAUUGCAGCAUCCAUAAAUAUUCCUGGUAAUCCAAGUUCAAAUAAAGUAUCGGUUGAGAAUUUUGAGCUAAUCUCUGAAAUAUUAAAUAAUUUUUUGUGGACUGUUACCACAAUUUUUGGUCAUAUAAGUUCUGAAGAAAGACAACUUCAAAUGAGGGAUGGCUUGCUGGAGUUACUUAUUUCCUACCAAGUUAUUCAUCGAUUAAGAGAUCUUUUUGCACUUCAUGAUAGGCCUCAAAUGGAAGGAUCAUCAUUUCCUCCUCCUAUCCUUUUAAGCAUACGCCUUUUGGUGUCUUUGACUUCUAGCCAUGGAACAAUAAGCUCUAUUGACUGGAAUUCUUUUCCCAUGGUGGAAGAGCAGAAAAUUGAAAUUGAAGGAUCUGAGGUUACCGAUUCUAUUCAUUCUGUGGCAAGUAAUUCUUGGGGAGAUUAUAGAUCUCCCUUGUCUGUAAUUAAUGGUAGCUCAGUCAUGCAUUUACCUGAUGUCCCGGAGGAUAGACCGUUGGAUGAAUCAUGUAAGGUUAAUGUCAGUGAUGAAUCUCUUGCAAUUGACAAGGGUCAUGAAUUGAGGCAGAUUGAUGGUUCUCUUCUAUUAAAGAAUACGGAUGUGGAGUUGAUGAGUGUUCCAGAUGAAGCUAAGAACAAUCAAAGAGGGGAUGCUAUUAAUUCUUGUGUUUCUCAGAAGGAUGAAAAAACAUGGUUGUUGGUGCAACUCAUAAAAAUGAAAAAGAACCAAUCUUGGAUCAACCUGUGGCAUUUCUUCUUUCGGCUCUUUCUGAGACAGGACUUGUCAGUCUUCUCUCUCUUCUGACUGCUGUAUUACUACAGGCGAACAAUAGGUCAUCCUCUGAACAAGCAUCAUUUAUUCUUCCAUCUAAUUUUGAGGAGGUGGCAGCUGGAGUACUCAAGGUGCUGAAUAAUGUGGCUAUUUUGGAUCUUGUAUUUUUGCAACAAAUGCU